AUGCUUUGGAGGUCGCCUUUCGUUAUACGGCGCUUGCUCCAACGAGAGAGUGGAGUGGUGAAGAGGAAUAUAGCUGUCCACAUUCCUUGGUUGCUAGUGACAGGGAGCGUGCUACUCUAUGCGUGGCGAUUGCGCAGGAAGCAGGUCAGUUGUCACGCCAGCGUGCAGACAAAGGCUGAAGCUAGGAGUGAUGGAAGGAAGGAAAAUGAGGGAAAGCGAAGGUUUUUGCAGAAAGUGGUUGUGAUAACCGGUGCAGCAGGGGACAUUGGCAAUGCAACAGCCUCUGCCUUUGCACGGGAAGGGGCAAGUAUAGUUCUGGUUGACUUGCCGCAGACCUUGCCUCAGCUGAAGGAUCAGCGCAAGGAGCUUCAAGCGAGCGGUGCUUACAAAACAGUAGUGUUGUGUGCAGACAUGACGCGUGAAGAUGAGGUGCAGAGUAUGGUGGCAAAGACAGUUGAGAGGCUAGGACCAAUCAACUGUUUCUUCAACAAUGCUGGGAUACAGGGAGAACUAGCUCCCAUUCACCACCAGAACUCUAAACUUGCCCAGAGUGUGAUACAGGUGAAUGUGAUCGGAGCAUUCUUUGGCCUCAAGCAUGUAUCAGGAGCCAUGGCAGAGUCAGGGGGAGGGGUGAUUGUCAACACUGCUAGCCUUGCUGGGCUCCUGGGACCUCGCUACAUGGCAGCUUAUGCUGCGUCGAAACAUGCAGUGAUAGGAAUGACAAAGUCAGCAGCAAAGGACCUUGCUCCCCAUGGCGUGAGGGUGUGUGCUGUGGCGCCUGGCAUACUGGAGGGUCGUAUGUGGCUGACACAAGUGGAGGGGAGGGCUCGCUGUGCUCUGUUAGCAAAGACAGGUGAGGACAGGAAACCCACGGAGAGUGAGCUGAGAGCCAUGGAGGAAGUGAUGGUGGCAGGGACACCGCUGGGAAGGCUUGGUCGACUGUCUGAGGUGGCUCAGGCUGUUCUCUUCCUGUGCAGUGAGGAUGCCUCCUACCUCACAGGCACAGUCCUCACAGUCGACGGAGGAAGACUUCCUUAGAGAGUUUGACACAAGACAAU